AUGGGAUGGAACAACUGGAACACGUUCGCCUGCGACGUCUCCGAAAAGCUCCUCCUCGAGACCUCCAAGCUCCUGGGGGACUACGGCCUCAAGGACUUGGGCUACCAAUACGUCGUGCUCGACGACUGCUGGUCCGUCGGGCGCGGCGACGAUGGCUAUCUCAUCCCCGACACGGCCAAGUUCCCCCGCGGCAUGGGCGCCGUGGCCGACGAGCUGCACAAGGAAGGGUUCCUGUUUGGCAUGUACUCGAGCGCCGGCGAGAUGACGUGCGCGCGAUACGCGGGCUCCCUCGACUAUGAGGUGCAGGACGCCGAGAGCUUCGCCUCCUGGGGCGUCGACUACCUCAAGUACGACAACUGCUACCACAUGGGGCGCAUGGGGACGCCUCUCAUCUCGUUCAACCGCUACAACGAGAUGGCCAAGGCGCUCAAGAAGACGGGCCGGGCAAUUCUCUAUAGUCUGUGCAGCUGGGGCGAGGACUACGUCCAUACCUGGGGAGGGUCGAUUGCCAACUCGUGGCGCGUCUCGGGCGACAUCUACGACUCGUUUGCGAGGCCCGACGACCUCUGCGCGUGCAACAACGCGGCGGACCCGGCGUGCGUCGCCCCGGGCACGCACUGCUCCGUCCUGGCCAUCAUCAACAAGGUGGCGCCCUACAUUGACCGCGGCCUCCCGGGCGCCUGGAACGACCUGGACAUGCUCGAGGUCGGCCUGGGCGGCAUGACCGAGGAAGAGUACAAGGCACACUUUUCCAUGUGGGCGGCGCUCAAGUCGCCGCUGCUGCUAGGCAACGACCUGCGCGCCAUGGACGCGACGACGCUCUCCAUCGUCAACAACCCGGCCAUCAUCGCGCUCAGCCAGGACCCGCGCGGGCGGGCGGCGAUGCGCAUCGCGCGCAACCUCACGGUGCCCAAGGACGAGCACGGGGUGGGCGAGGCGCAGGUCUGGAGCGGGCCGCUCGCCAACGGCGACCAGGUGGUCAUCUUCCUCAACGCGGCCGACGAGGACCUCGACAUGUCGGCGUCGCUGGCGGAGCUCUUCGUCUUGCAGGGGCCGGGCGGCUCGGCGGCCGAGGCGAAGCGGGACUGGGCCGUCAGGGACCUCUGGGGUAGCAUCAGCAGCAGCGGCUCGGGCGGCGGCGGCGGCGGCGGCGGCGGCGCGAGGAUGGGCAGGGCGGACGCACAGGCCGUGCUGGAUGCAACGUCUGAGGCCGAGCGCGGCGCCGUCCUCAGGAGGGCGAACUGGUACAACGCUACGGAGAAGCCCUACGCAGAGGGGCUCGCCGAGGGGGACGCCCGCCUGUUGGGCGAGCGCGUCGGCACCGUCAAGGCCGGCGGACGGCUCGAGGCAAGAGUCGGCCGACAUGCAGCCAAGGUGUUUCGGCUGCAGAGCGCAGCGGGCGGCGGCGGCAAGGCGGAUGCCGGCUCGACAGGGGGCGAUGAUGAUGGUAGCAUCGGCAAGGACGAGCUGUGAAUUGAUGGAUGGAUGGUAGGAUGGAUGGCGGCUGAGCUGCUGCUGAAUGAAUGAUGAGCGAAAGCUGAUUGAUGCUUGAUCAGCCCUCUCCAGUCUCUCCCGGCCCCCAGCCUUUGUGCGACGGAUAGACGGCACAGCAAGAC